AUGACGACCGUCGUGGUCCAGCAGCACCAUACCCUGCGCCAUGCCACUCCUCCUCCUCCCGCCUCCAUCCCUUCGGCGCUGACCGUCAAUCGACGGCCCAGCCCAAUCCCAAACAAGCACCUGCCAGUGUGUCCGACGGGGCCCCCAGUAGAAAGCUCCCAGCCCGCAUCCCCAACCAGCUCCGUCGACCAGCCCGUCUCCCUCCUCUCCCCGCCCGACCGCUUUACGCGACUAUCGCAUUCGACCUGCCCCACGGUAUAUGCCAUCGACGCUCACACUCUGGCCGCGGCGCUGGACCUGCAGUCUACGCAGCCCUUGCCGGACCCGUCGCAGAUGUUCCCGUGGUUACAUGGCCUGCACCAGGAUAACCAUUUGCAAUUGGGGUUCUUCGCCAGUCGGAAACGGUCGCUGCGCCGGUCGCCGAAAUGCUGGCGCGGCAUCACCAUCAUCAAGCUGGGCGGAGAUCUGAGCAAGGCGCGCAUCAAGGGUGCUGUCAGUCCCGGCGAAGUCCUGGCGCCGGCGCCGGCCUCGCGUUUCUUGAUGGCUGACCCUCGGGAAGGGUUCUCCGUGCGCAACUUUCAGAUCCAGACGGCCAAAUUGGCUGCUAUGUCCGACAUUGUCGUCUACGGAGAGGAUAGUGCGAGCAAAGCGGAACUCCUUGCGCUGGCCGAGGAGUUUGCGACGGCGCAGCAUGCGUAUAGACUCCAACAUGACCCGGCGCAAGAACGACCUUCUUAUAACACCUUCGUCGUCUCCACUUCCUUUUCCGAGAUGGAGAAGCAACAUCCCAGCUUGAUCGCGAUCAACUCGAAAGGUGGAUUUACCGGUCAAGUUAUGGACUUUUUCCAGUGGGAAAGACUGGAAAUGUGCAGCAUGUCCCGGGCCUCCGAGAUUUCUACCAAUGUCUGGCUCGGCCCCACUCCAGAUUAUAUGCUGAGGCCCGGGGUGUGCGAGCACCGACUGGAAGAAUCUUAUGAUCUGCUGAUUGAAGCGAGCGAUCUCGCCAGCAUCCCCGGGCCGCGGUUCUUGGCCAUGACUGAUAAGCAGCUAGAAAAAGGCUCCCAGCGCAUGGAGUUCCCUUCGUCAGGAUCGCUUGUCCUUCCAUCAGGCCACACUCGUGAGAUUGAGGACUUUGUCAACACCAUUCGUUGGAUAUAUUACCUCACACAUCCAGAUGAGCCAGCGGAUGAGUCUAUCCACAGUGAAGACGGUGACAUUGCAAUGGUUCACCUCCGCAAGAAGGCGCGCAGAGUCUUUAUUCACUGCGCGGAUGGCUAUACUGAAAGUUCGCUGCUGGCCAUUGCCUAUUUCAUGUUCGCCGAGGGCGUCCCUGCACAUGAAGCCUGGCUCAGGCUCCACUGUGAAAAGAAACGCAACUUUUUCACCUAUCCCACCGACGUGGCGUUCUUGUGUCAUGUCCAAGAACGUCUCUUGCAAGAGAGCCCUGAAUGUCGGCGGAUCGACGUGACAGACAUGGGAGACCCCAAUUGGUUUCUCAAGAUUGAUGGUUCUCUCCCGAGUCGCAUCCUGCCCUACUUGUAUCUUGGCAACCUUGCCCAUGCGAAUAACCCCGAGCUACUCUGGGAACUUGGCAUCCGCCGUGUGUUGAGCAUCGGCGAGCCUGUCACCUGGAGUGACGAGGAACGCGCCAAGUGGGGAUCAGAGAGCUUGAUGUAUAUUGACAACGUCCAAGACAACGGUAUUGAUCCUCUAAGCAAGGAGUUUGACCGGUGUCUCGAAUUCAUUGGCCGUGGCAAGAAAGAUAAUACCGCCACCUUGGUUCACUGCCGAGUGGGCGUCUCCCGAUCUGCAAGCAUCUGCAUCGCAGAAGUGAUGGCAACCCAGGGCCUGUCGUUCCCGCGAGCGUAUUGCUUUGUCCGCGCACGCCGACUGAACGUAAUCAUUCAACCACAUCUUCGAUUCGUCUACGAGCUCCUGCAAUGGGAGGAGCUCCAGAUGCAGAAACGAGGCCUGCCGAUGAAACGCGAGCUCGAGUGGCCCACCAUAGCCCGCGAGAUCGCACUCCUCAACAAGCCAUAUUCCAGGGGUUGA